AUGUCAUGUACGCCUCUCGUCCAGAUGGCCACAGCUUUCGACAGCAGGAUUACCAUCUUCAGCAACCGGCCCAUCUCAGACGAUGCACCAAUUCAACAAGCCCUCAAAACCUCAAAAGCCUUUGGCGCCAAAGUCGACUCCCGCAGAAUUACCUGCCUCCUCAAUAACGGACAUUCUUACGAGGAUGGCGUGACCAUCGAGUUCGAAACUGGCGAGCCGGUGACUCUAGGCUUGAUCGUCCAUAGGCCAAUCACUGUCAACAGGUCGCAGCAUCUCAUUGACCAGCUGGGUAUCGAGACGGUGGAUCCAGCGCUGGGUGGGCACAUCAAGAUUGUAAACCCAAUGUUCAAUGAGACAAGCGUGAGAGGUGUGUUUGCGGCCGGAGAUACAAUUUUGAUGAUGAAGCAAGCUGCGAUAGCGAUGGCUGAGGGCCUGGAAGCGGCGGUAGGUGCAGGCAUGCAGAUUGCGCAGGAGAAGGCCGAGGUUGCUGUGAAGGCGUAUGAGGUGAAGAUUGGCAACUGA